AUGGCGGCGGACUCGCUUCGCUGGACAGUCGACACCAUGCCGCCGUUCCAAGAGAUCGAGGGCCGGUUAGUGAUCAAGGACUUUAGGGACGAGGAGACCAAGAAAGUGCGGCCCUUCAAGGGAACCGUCAAGUCGUUCGACGCCAAGCGCAAAUGGUACCGUGUAGUGUACGAGGAUGGGGACAGCGAGGAUGUCUGGUGGAAGGAUCUGCUGCCCCUGCUGCAGCGCGCCGCCGCCGCCUCCCCUACAGCAGCCCCAGCAGCAGUGUGUGCUGGCACGGGCGGCAAACAGGGCAGUCGCGGCUCCAGCGCAGCCGCUCCUUCGCCGGCGUCGCGCUCGCAGCAGCUGGCUGCACCGGCGGCGGUGCCUGACAUGCAGCAGCACAAAGAGCAGACCGCCAAGCAGCAGCACAAGGCAAAAGCCGCUGGCAAACAGGCUGCGGCAGCAUCCAAGAAGCCCACAGCAGCCAAGGAGCCAGUGGGCAGGCCGCCUCGGCCACGGACGGAGGAGGAAGAGUUGGCGGCGGCUAAGAAGGCAAAGGAUAAGCAGGCCGGCAAGAAAGCGCUGCAUGCGAGCUCUCAGCCGAAGAAGCGCAGCAAGGGGAAGGACAGCGAGGGGCAGGGUGGCGAGCGCAAGGCCGCAGGCAAGAAGCGCAAGCCGGCGGCUGCCGCCAAGGAGGGCGCUGGCGGCACCGGGGAGGGCGCCCCGAAGCGGCGGAGGAAGCCGGCGGGGCCCAAGAUUGAGCUGCCGGUGCCCAAGCUGGGGCAGGAGUAUGUGUAUGAGCCAGGCCAGGAGCCGUGGCGCAGCGUGCCGGGCUUUAGCUGGGAGGUGAAGGACGAGCCCGACCUGAGCGCCGCCGCCGUCAACAGGCUGCGCAAUGUGCAGCGCACAUACAACAAGUAUUACAUCCAGGCGGAGGUGGAUGAGAAGGUGCGCGUGGAGGCCGUGCUUGCUGACCAGAAGGCGCGGGGCAAGUUUGGCAAGGAGCCGCGGCCCGCCAACCGCCCCGACAGGGCGGCGGAGUCGCGCAUGGUGAAUGUGGAGAAGCUGGCCAUCCGCGGCCAGAGGGUGGCUGGGCACUACCCCGGCUGGGACAUUGGCAGCAGAGCGUACUCGCGGUCAGAGCUGUGCUGCAUGGGCUUCCACCGCGUUCCCAUCGCCGGCAUCGACUUUGUGGGGGCGGGCAAGGCGGGCAACGGCGCGCCGCCGUUUGCCACCAGCGUGAUGGUCAGCGGCUGGUACCAAGAUGACAGCGACAACGGCGCCGAGCUCUGGUACACCGGCGAGGGCGGCAAUGAUCUGCUGCACGGGCGCAACCAGGUGGCCGACCAGUCACUGCAGCGUGGCAACGCCGCCCUGCAGGGCAACAUCAUGCUGGGCAUCCCUGUGCGUGUCACUCGCAAGCAGAAAGACCCUCACGGCCACUAUGGCUGCUGCUACCUGUAUGAUGGGCUGUACGAUGUGGUGGCCAUGCGGCACGUCAAGGGCAAGGAGCAGACGUGGGUGUACCAGUUCCUGCUCAGGCGGCGCAAGGGCCAGGGCCCGCUGCUGUCAGAGCGCGUGGAGUGGGGCGGCAUCGCCGCCGCGCGCGCCAUCGUGCCCAAGACUCGGCAGGGAGUGGUGGACCUGGACAUCUCACGCGGCAAGGAGGAGCGGCCUGUGGCUGCCAUCGACGACACCUGGCUGGCGGGCGGCGCCGACCACGAGCCUCAGGGCGACAUCCCGCCCUGCACGGGGCUGGACGAUAUUGCGGAUGAGCGACAGCUGGUGGGCAAGGUGGUGCGGGGCAUCAACGCGGAGCGCAUCGCGGAGCUGCGGGAGCAGGGCUACACCCCCGCGGUGCAGUACAUCACGCAGUACGAGUUUGUGGGGCGGGCGGCGGCCAAGGCGGGGCAGCUGGCGCAGGCGGUGCUGCCGCUGGAGCUCAAGACCCACCCCCAACCCUACCUUGCCAAGCUCAACCACGCGGUGACGCAGCGGGCUUCCAAGUACCGGCUGGAAAUCUUCAAGACGCGCAACGGCCGAGGCUGGGGCGUGCGCUCCCUUGACACCAUCCCCCAGUUUGGCUUUGUCGUUGCCUACGUGGGGGAGGUGUACGAUGCUGAGGAGCACGAGCAUUUGGUGCGCACUGUGGAGGAGCAGGAUGCUGAGUACACCUUUGACAUGGCGCCCCGCCCAGACACAAACUGGGACGGGACGGAGAAGGUGGUGCCAGACCAGGCCAAGGCGGAGUUUGUGGCGUGCGGGCUGCGCAAGCGCAACGUGGGCGCCUUCCUCAACCACAGCUGCGCUCCCAACUGCUUCGUGCAGCCGGUGCUGGACACCCACCACGACCGCCGCUGCCCCAAGAUCUGCAUCUUUGCCAGCGAGAACAUUGCGCCGAUGACGGAGCUGACGCUGGACUAUGGCGAGGCCUACGCCGCCGGCUUCCAGGGCGGCUGCAAGUGCGGCGCCGCAGACUGCAUCUCGCUGCGGGGCCCGCAGGCCGCGGCUGGCCACCAGAGGCAGGCGCAGGAGGACUCGGCUGGUGAGGGGGAUGGCGAAGAUGGCGAGGAGGAGGAGGAGGCUGAGGAGGUGGUGGUGGAGGAGGAGGAGGAGGUUGAGGAGGUGGUGGAGGAGGAGGAGGAGGAGGUUGAGGAGGUGAUGGAGAAGAAAAACAAAGAGGGAGGAGUAUGA